GCCGGAGCGAUAACUUCCGGCGGAAGAAGCGGCCGCCGGCAGGUCCUCCUGGCCCACCCCGCAGGCGGGCUGCGCCCAGGGAGGGGGUCUAGCUAGUUUGAUGCACACAGGCUGUAAUGAAUUGUCAUCAAUACUUCCAUUCAGCUGAUCGAAGAAGGCCCACAUUUUUUUCAAUGGAUAAUGGCAUUUGAACAGAUACCCAAAAAGGAUUGGUACAGCGUUCUGGGGGCAGACCCAUCUGCCAGUGUUUCAGACCUAAAACAAAAAUAUCAAAAACUCAUAUUGAUGUAUCAUCCAGAUAAACAAAGUGCAGAUGUGCCAGCAGGAACAGUGAAGGAAUGUAUACAGAAGUUCAUCGAAAUUGAUCAGGCAUGGAAAAUUCUAGGGAAUGAAGAGACAAAAAAAGAGUAUGACCUGCAGCGGCAUGAAGAUGAUCUGAGAAACAUGGGACCAGUAGACGCCCAAGUGUAUCUUGAAGAAAUGUCUUGGAAUGAAGAUGAUCAGUCUUUCUCUCUGAGUUGCCGAUGUGGUGGAACAUACAGUAUUUCCAAAGAUGAAGCAGAAGUUGCUACCCUGAUUUCUUGUGAUACAUGUUCACUUAACAUAGAAUUACUUCAUUAUAGCUGAAAUUGUCACUAAAUGGAACCCUUUAAAAAUAAUUCAGACAUGGUAAGAGAGAGUCCAUUUCAAGCAAAUUAUUAAACUAGGGUGGGGCAAGGGGGUGUGGAAGGACUCUUUUUUUUUUGAAGGACUCUUCUUUAUCAGCUAUUUUACAGAGAAAAAAAUGGUUGCUAAACAUAGGCCCAUCUCAAAUGAAUAAAAAGUUCAUUAUUUCUGUUAAUUUAUUUUUACAAAUUUCCUCAAAAAAAACUCUGAAUUAAAUAGUUAAUUCCCAGCUAUUUAUUCUUCUCUUUGAUAUAAUGUAUUUUUUAAAAAAUAAAUAAAUCAAAUAAGCAUGUU